CAACUGCUUUGCAGGCCCCGACGACGUCCUUUGCGCGAUUGCCGCUGGCUCAAUGAGCGCAAGAACAGAUCUUCAAUCUACCCAUCGCCAAACAAAAAGCCAUAUCAAGGGCCUGUUGAUGAAUGCUCGUCCAUCGGCGGGAAGGCAACGAUGCACCGACCUGGCGCGAAGGGACUACGCCUCAUGUGCCCCAUCUACCUCACUCAUUCACGCGAAAACCCCGGCCCUCUUCCAAUUCAAGCCUGCCGAUCAUGAAAAUAUCAACACCAGAUACCAUCAAUAGUAAUGGACGUUGGCGUUGCAUACAUGUAUGUGUAGGUCAUUUAGACUUGAAGGCACCUCACCUGGCCUGGUAUUAGUCGAUGGACCAAUCAGAGCACAUAGUGUGGAGCUCAUCAAGACGACAGACCAUCAGCCAAGGGGUUUGGUUUGGUCCGAUUCAAUUCUUCACCUCACUCAAUCACCGUGGACCACAUCCGACAGGAUACUGCCGCCUGACGAUCCGUCUCCAAAUCUCAAGGACGACCAUGUGACAGGCUGCACAACACUCCACCGAGAACAACGACGCCGACUCCCAUACGCAAUGUUCAAAGCAUACAGGAAUCUCUCGCCCAAAGCCCGCUUCGGUGUCGGCCUCACCAUCAUAGCCUGGGGUUGUGCCGGGCCCUACUUAUCUGAUCGUGCGGAGGAGGUGUUUGGCUUCACGCCGACUGAACAGGACAAGGAGAAUCUGGAGAAACUCAAGCCGCGUUUGACCGCAGUCGACCGCGGUAUCGACACCGAUGAGAAGUCAUGAGAUAACAAAGGCUCCAGCAUCCGACAUUGAAAGGUCAACUUUUGUUAUGUAUGAUUCAAGUCUAUGAUGCACUCUGAAGAUUUUGCCUAGCCUCUGCCGGUGUACAACUCCUUCCACACACCAUGCAUGGGU